AUGGAUACAGUUAGAGGGGAGGCUUGGUCGAUGGCUCCACCUCAGCAGCAGCGGCAGCCGUCGGGGCCUCGGGGUCCGCAACCGCACCCGCCGCAGCAGCAGCAGCAGCAGAAUGGUCGCAUUGAUCUCCGGGAGCUCAAGGCUCAGAUGGAGAAGCGGCUUGGUCCGGACCGGUCGCGGCGCUACUUCGGCUACUUGAGUGGCUACCUGUCGCAGAAGCUCAGUAAGCCUGAUUUUGAUAAGAUGUGCCUGCUUACAUUGGGCCGGGAGAACCUCCGGCUGCACAACCGGCUCAUCCGCGCGGUUCUCUACAAUGUCUACCAGGCACAGUGCCCACCUCCACCACCAGAUGUUGGGAGGUCCGUCGGACCGUCGGGGAAGAAGGGUUCCCAGGCUGCUGGAUUGCUUAAUUCUUGUAACGGGGAUGCCAGGCUGUUACAGGUCCAAGGAUCGAGGUCUAUGGGCGCACUGCAAGAUCAUCAGUUGAAAGAUCGGUUGAAACAUAUGGGCCCAAAUGGUAGGGUGGAGGCUGUUGCCAGUCACACCCAGGUUGUUCAUGGGGGAUCUGCAGUUACAGAGAACGGCGCAUUAAGUUCACUUGAGUUGAAGAGAUCAUUGUCUUUUCAACAAUGUGAAGCUGCAGAGCCAUUGGCAAAGCAUCUGCGUGUGGACCAGUUGCUACCUGAAAAUGCGCUUAGGCAAAGAAGAAUUGUGAGCGAUGCUGCAGGUCAUUCUGCUCAAAUGGCGAAAAGUCCUGUGCGAGCUCCACUUGGGAUACCCUUUUGUUCAGCAAGUGUAGGUGGAUCAAGGAAAUUACUACCGCCAGCUGUUAAUGCAGGGGAAGAUCACUUCAGCAGCUGUUAUGAGCAAGGUCAGCUGUUGAACACGGAGGUUCUGCGUAAGCGCAUGGAGAAAACAGCAGAAACACUGGGUCUGGCAGGUGUCACAAUGGAUUGUGCUGAACUUCUGAAUAAUGGUUUGGACUCGUACUUGAAGAACCUGAUUAGGUCAUCUGUUGAGUUAAAAGGAGCUGAUGUUCGAAGAGAUGCAAGAAAAGGGGCAUCAUACAAGCAGCAUGCCCAUGGAAAGCAAAUUAAUGGUGUUUGGUUGCCGAACCAAGUUCAGAUGCAGUCAAGCAGUGGACAAUCAGAUGCUACAAAUGAUAGCAGAAGUCAACACUUGAUCUCUGCUCAUGAUUUCAGUGUAGCCAUGCAGCUAAACCCUCAACAGCUUGGGGAGGACUGGCCAGUCCUCCUUGAGAAGAUAUGUCUACGUCCUUCGGAGGAAAACGACUGA